AUGUGUUACAGUUUGAAGGACUACUUGCAUGUAUCAUACCGAUUUUAUUUUAGUGCAUGUUACUUGCCUGCUCCGUACCGCUGCAUCAUCACCCAACCGACAUCUCUGUCUACGCGUAAUUUGCCUCGCUCCCAGCACAUUGCCACCGCGGCCCCCUGUGGCUCUCAUCUACGGUAUCCGGACGGUUCUCGUUUCUUCUCUAACACCCGACCCCCUUCUGAAACUCCUUUGAGUCCUAUGCAAGGAGCGCAAGGCAACGCGAUGCCCUUACCAGGCUACAUAGGAAACCAGGCAUUUGGAUACGUUACCACAACCGACGGAGGAGCCCAAAACUAUGCUUCGUGGGAUUAUGCGGACCGUGUGUCAAAUGUGUCAUUCAUUUAUCCUGGACCAAUAAGAACGCAUUAUGCGUUACCAACGUCGCCAACCUACGACCCUGCAUUAUUCAGUUCAGCCGGAUUCUUGAAUUCACGAUUCCCACACCAGCAUUACUCGACAGUCUCACCAUCAUACUACUUCCGCAUGCCUCGAUCCGGUAGCGCCGGUGCUGGCUUUAGUUGCGCGGCGGACACGCCCAUUGGUGUCACCAAUAGGCAACCUCCGCCAGGGGAUCGCAUCUCUCGUGGACGUAGUGUCGGGCCUGAUCCAAAUGGACUCGGACAAACCCAACCACCCCAGCCUUUACCGCGACCUAGUUACCGAUGUCUUGCUGCGCGAUGUGCUGCUGCUUCAAAUCAUGCGGCUAGUGGACGUAUGUCUUCUAAUCUAUCACCUCCACUUACCCAGGAACAUACAAGUGCGUUGCCCUCUGUUGGUCGAUCGAUGAGCAAUUCUCUAAGCGCGAAUGAUCUGGCAAGUUAUCGGACUAAAACUGGUCUGGAGAUGCGGUCGACAAAGUCCAGCUUCGAUCUUGCGCCUGACCUACCUUGCGAACCGAAUUUGGCCCUUGCCCACUGUUCUGACUUCUACACUAGGAUUGCAGCGUUAAUAGAGCUGGAUAAUAACUUGCUGUUGGCUACCCCCAGCGGUUGGUCCGAACGUCGCUCCAGCCUCGGUCGUACGUACUACACUUGCGACCAAACGAAGCAGGCGAGUUGGCAUCAUCCCACCUUCGGUCUUCAUGUUCCCUUAGGUUGGGAACGUGUCGAUUCGUAUCACCAUGGUGUCUACUAUCAGCACUUACUCAUACCGCAUUGUCAACGGUACCAUCCAAAUCUUUGGCUUUUGGGACCUCUAAAGGACCCGAGUGUGGAACGCGAAAACUUCUUCUCCGACCUGCGUUAUCUCCAGUCCUCUAUGCGUCAUAACCUUGAAAUUGAUUGCCCCGACCUGGAAAAUUAUAAAAACACCAUUUCGGCUGAAGAGGAAAUUGCGUUCACCGACUUCCUCAAACAAUUCGAUGUGGAGACUAUGGUUGAAGUCACUCGCGCCCUGGACCAGUUGUUUUACAAGGAGCUUCACGCAAUCAUUGUUUAUUUCGAACAAGAACGCAUGCGCAUAGUCUCCACCAUGUUUGCUAUGCAACAAGCGGAACACAUUAUCCCUUCAAUCGGGGAUUCUUAGCUGUGUUCUUCAUCGUUUGCGGUCCAUUUCGAGCUUUUCCCUCUCCCUGCUCACCGGACAUUUGUUUAUGUUCUGUGAUACAUUUUCUCGGGACCUCUCAAUUCACUUUGGGUUAUAGUUUGCCCUGAUUAAUUGUUGCAUUUUAGCCGCACUGGCUGGUUUUUGUCGCUUUUUUCGCUUUGCUGCUUCGAGUUCUCAUUUCAUGAGCAUGCGUUCUUUCGAACUUCUGCCGACCAAAUUUUUUUGCUUGAGCAUACUUGUAAUAUUUUAGGGCUAUUUGCCUAUUUCUGUCCGACUAUCUUUUCGAUUCACUCAACCUCAUUUUCAUUGCAACCGUACGUAAAUCAUCUAAGCAGUUGUUUCCUUGCCAAUCGUGCGAGUUGAUCUUGUCAUUCGUCAGUUGGAUCUCUCCUCUGCGAAGUAUUCUCGAAACAAGUCCUAAUGGUCAAUACCGUCUAAGCAUGCUCUGGCUUUCAAAACACAUUUGCGCAUGUCCUGAGACAUAUGCUAUUACCUGUCGUCACUCAUUUUCCCCCUUUUGCUCUCUUGCUGACCGGCGUGUUUUCUCUUCAAACGGUGAACUGGGAGUAAACCAUAUCAGAUGAAAUAUCCGCCUCUAAGUACUUCAACGCUGCCAUAUGGAGAUAUCCAGUUUCCCUAUGCCUAUUACCGCUUCGUCGUUUUACUCAACAAUAAAGGUUGCUGGAUUUA